UGAAAAUCAAAUAAACAUAAUUACCUUUCAUUCAAUCACACAACCACUCGGCGCCGGCAACAUCUCCUGCUCCGACGAAGUUAAUAUAUUUAAGUAGUAAUGGAGCAAGAGGUCGAGCUUGAAGGGAUAGUGAUUCCUGAUUCAUACCAAUCAGAAGAAGAACGUGAAGAACAUUUGAAGUCCAAAGGGCCUCCAAGUAGUUUCCACAGUUUGAUGAGAAGGAAUAAUAUGAUUAGUGAUGAUGAAGAAGAAACAGAAGAGGCUGAUUUAGAAGACAAAAAUAUUGUCAAUGAUCAUGAUGAAGAAGAAGCAAAAGAGGUGGAUUUAGAAGACAAGAAUAUUGUUAACGAUGAUGAAGAAGAAGAGGAGUUUUAUAUGGUUUGGUUUGAUGCAUUUUUGGCAAAACAUGAGUUUGAUAAAGAUUAUAUGGACCAACCUUCAGCACUACAAGAAAUCCUCAAAACUUGGCUCCAGAAAAAGGUUUGCUCUGCUAAGUUUCGUUUCAAAGAGGCUCAAACUGAUCUUCGCUUCAUCAACUUUAGAUAUGUUCUUUGCAAACAAUGGCUUUCUUCCUUGUGACAAUUUAAAGCACUCCAUGCAUAAUCUAUUUCUAUUUUCUGAUCUU